CGUCCGUAACGGCAGUCUCUUUUUGUCGGUCGAUGUUCGCGGCGGUAUACGCCGGUACGUGUGGUAGGAACUGUUGGACGCUUCGUGAAUUUUGUUGUGUUAUAUUCACGUUGCGAUUAGUUUGUUAAUUACCGCGACACUGUGCGUACCGGCGUUUGCCAGAAAUGAAGUAACGUCAAGCGACAGGAUUCAUCCGCACGCGUCACGCUUUUCUUCUGUACCAUAAAACCCAACUUAUACUCACCUAACGACAGGUGGAACAAUUUAGAAACGUUGCAAAACAAAAAGUCUCAAAAUGGAUAACAAAGUACCGACGGAGAUGGACACCUUCUUACCCCAAGAUGGGUCCAAUCCAAAAGAUGGGGUAUUAACCAAAUACAAAGUGCAAGUUGCUUCACGAGACGUGGAAACUGGCCAGGGUGAUGGAAAAACGUUUGAUCCCUUCAGCGAACGAAGAGUAGAUAACCCGACGACUGACUGCGACACGUUAACGCAUUUACUAAAAGCCUCGCUUGGAACAGGCAUACUGUCUAUGCCAGUUGCGUUCAAGAACGCGGGUCUUCUCCUUGGUGUGUUUUCCACGAUCUUGGUAGCAUUUGUAUGCACACACUGUGCAUAUAUCUUGGUAAAAUGUGCACACGUCCUUUAUUACAAAACAAGGCGUUCAGAGAUGAGCUUUGCCGACGUAGCAGAAGCUGCGUUUUCUACGGGACCACAAUGGGGAAGAAAGUUUGCAAAGCCAAUUAGGUAUCUUAUACAAAUUAGUUUAUUCGCAACGUACUUCGGCACCUGCAGCGUGUACACCGUCAUCGUUGCUACGAACUUCAACCAAAUUAUUCAUCACUAUAAAGAUGCGGAGACUCCGGACUUCAGUUUGCGAUUGAUGAUCGCUUGUUUAUUGAUCCCGAUGAUACUUCUCAGUUAUGUACCCAAUCUGAAGUAUCUUGCACCUGUUUCUAUGGUUGCCAAUAUCUUCAUGGGAACAGGACUAGGAAUAACCUUUUACUACUUGGUUUGGGAUCUCCCCUCUUUCAACUCUGUGCCUUUAUUUGCGUCCAUAGAGGAUUUCCCAAAAUUCUUCAGCAUUACUAUUUUUGCAAUGGAAGCAAUAGGUGUUGUAAUGCCACUGGAGAAUAAUAUGAAAACACCGCAACAUUUUGUUGGAAUCUGUGGUGUUCUUAAUAAAGGAAUGUCUGGAGUUACGUUGAUAUAUAUUUUGUUGGGAUUCUUAGGAUACCUAAAGUAUGGUAUUCGAACUGAGGACACUAUCACGUUGAAUUUACCAAUGGAAGAAAUACCAGCCCAAGUUGUACAAAUUUUAAUAGCACUUGCAGUUUACUGUACAUUCGGUUUGCAGUUUUAUGUGUGCCUUGAUAUUGCAUGGAACGGUAUCAAAGACCGAUUCCAGAAGAAACCGUUAUUAGCAAACUAUAUUUUGAGAACAGUAAUAGUUACAGGAGCAGUUUUACUGGCCGUGAUUGUACCAACUAUCGGACCUUUUAUCGGUCUAAUUGGUGCAUUCUGUUUUUCGAUAUUGGGACUUUUAAUUCCCGUGUUUAUCGAAACAGUAACAUAUUGGGACGUUGGUUUUGGAGCAGGAAAUUGGGUAGCGCUAAAGAACAUCAUCAUAUGUAUUAUUGGUUUCAUGGCUUUAGUAUUUGGAUCUCGCAGUUCAUUAAUACAAAUCGUAGCGCUGUACAGUUAAAAAUUACUUUUGUCAAUAAUAGAUUAGUAGAUAUUCCAAUGUUCCAAACUGUAAAAUGUUUGGAUGCCGUUUUUUAACAGAUUUUAAUGCAAUAAAUUUCUGAACUUUUAUAUUUUAUAAAGACAAUCAUAAAAGUGAAGAAAGUUUUAUAAACGAGAAACACUAAUUAUAAUAAUUUGUUUUAAGAAUGAAUACAAUGCAGAAUAUACAGAAGUUUAUAUCACAAAUUUGAAUGCCAUGUACGCGAUUGCUAGAAGUAUUUCAGUAAAAUGAGAAGAAAGUAUUUAUUAUACCAAUGUUUCAAAUGCUGUGCAAAUGAAAAUAUCAAAAAUAAAUUCUUCUAAGAACAAUAAACCGAUGAAUCGAUAUUCGGUACAAACGAUAAUUUAAA